CCCUUUUUUUUUUUUCUUCCUGCAAUUCCUUAAUUCACUCUUAAGGAGCCGCCAGAGGAGAGAUCUGUGGACGAGGCAGGGUUAAGCUGGAUCCAGGAUGAUGCUGAGAGGGCACAUUGCGAUGUUGAUGCUGGUUUCCUUGUGCUGUACCGCUCAAGAAGGUAGAGGAGGCUACGGGAUGAAUAUGUUCUCCAUCCAGACAUCGCAGCCGGACCCUUGCUAUGACGAGAACGGGAACCCGAGGAGGUGUAUCCCAGACUUUGUUAACUCCGCUUUCGGGAAGGAAGUUAAGGUGUCCAGUAUCUGCGGCAAGAACCCUUCGAGAUAUUGCGUGGUCACGGAGAAAGGCGAAGAGAAGUUUCGGAACUGUCACAUAUGCAACGCCUCCGACCCCAAAAAAGCUCACCCGCCGUCCUUUUUAACUGACCUCAACAAUCCUCACAAUUUGACCUGCUGGCAGUCGGAGAACUACAUCCAGUACCCUCAAAACGUCACCCUCACGCUUUCCCUAGGGAAGAAGUUUGAGGUGACUUACGUGAGCUUGCAGUUCUGCUCUCCCCGUCCGGAAUCCAUGGCCAUCUUCAAGUCGAUGGACUAUGGAAAGUCCUGGGUUCCAUUUCAGUUCUACUCCACCCAGUGCAGAAAGAUGUACAACAAACCCAACAAAGCGGUGAUCACCAAGCAGAACGAGCAGGAGGCUAUUUGCACGGACUCUCACACCGACAUGCACCCGCUGUCCGGUGGCCUGAUCGCCUUCAGCACCUUGGACGGCCGACCGUCCGCCCAUGAUUUCGACAACUCCCCGGUGCUCCAAGACUGGGUGACCGCCACAGACAUCAAGGUGGUCUUUAGCCGCCUCCAUACCUUUGGAGACGAGAACGAAGACGACUCGGAGCUGGCCAGGGACUCCUAUUUCUAUGCCGUCUCUGACCUCCAGGUUGGCGGCCGGUGCAAGUGCAACGGGCACGCGUCUAGGUGCGUCAAGGACAGGGACGACAACCUGGUGUGUGACUGCAAGCACAACACAGCCGGGCCUGAGUGCGACCGCUGCAAACCUUUCCACUAUGACAGACCUUGGCAGAGGGCGACCGCAAGGGAAGCCAACGAGUGCGUGGCUUGCAACUGUAACCUGCAUGCCCGCCGCUGUCGCUUCAACAUGGAGCUCUUCAAGCUGUCCGGCCGCCGGAGUGGAGGGGUCUGCCUGAACUGCCGCCACAACACCGCCGGCCGCCACUGCCACUACUGCAAGGAGGGAUACUACCGAGACAUGACCAAACCCAUCACCCACAGGAAGGCCUGCAAAGCCUGCGACUGCCAUCCUGUUGGUGCGGCCGGCAAAACCUGUAAUCAGACCACGGGCCAGUGUCCCUGCAAAGAUGGCGUGACUGGCAUAACGUGCAAUCGAUGUGCCAAGGGCUACCAACAAAGCCGCUCGCCCAUUGCCCCCUGCAUAAAAAUCCCUGUAGCUCCUCCCACUACGGCAGCGAGCAGCACUGAAGAACCAUCAGACUGCGAGACGUACUGCAAGGCAUCGAAAGGGAAGCUGAAGAUCAACAUGAAAAAGUACUGCAAGAAAGAUUACGCGGUCCAGAUCCACAUCCUCAAGGCCGACAAAGCGGGAGACUGGUGGAAGUUCACGGUCAACGUGAUCUCCGUGUACAAGCAAGGAAGCAACCGGAUCCGCCGCGGGGACCAGAGCCUGUGGAUCCGUUCCAAGGACAUCGCUUGCAAGUGCCCGAAACUCAAACCCAUGAAAAAAUACCUGCUGCUGGGCAAUGACGAGGACUCGCCCGACCAGAACGGGGUGGUGGCCGACAAGACCAGCCUGGUCAUACAGUGGAGGGACACGUGGGCCAGGCGGCUGAGGAAGUUCCAACAGCGAGAAAAGAAAGGGAAGUGUAAGAAAGCCUAGGAGAGGAGACCGCCCCGGUGGGCCCUCGGAGGAGGAGGACCAGAGUGCUGUAGAAGACACAGAGAGGACCGUUAAUUGCUGCUUGCUGUAGAGUCUGGAGCAGAUAGGAUU